AAUGACCAGUGAAAUGGGGAGUAAGGGAGGUAAUAAGAUCAGAAGUUAGAAGUAAAUAUGGAGCCCAUCGGAAAAACAAUCGAAAGCCCGCCCUGAGUUCAGGGGGUGGUGUGUAUCAUGACAUCAUCCGCCUCCACCUUAUCCAGCCUUGUUGCGGAGGCAGCAGACUGUGUGUUUUCUCUCUCUCUUCUUCUUCUUUCUUUCACAUCUUCAUCUGACUACUGCAGGGCGCAGGGCUGCACAAUUAUGCACGCCAAGCAUCGCGUGUCAGUGGAUUGGCCUCGGGUAGACCCCCACCCUCAUCCACGGUGUGCUUUAUUUCAUCAUCGUCACCAUCAUCAUCAUCAUCGUUUCUCUUUAUACCCCUGAUCCUCCUCUCCAUUGGCAGUGACACCAUGGAUGCAUCACGCAAUAUUUACAAGGAUGAAAUCGACUUCACCACCCUUGCACUUCAGUCCCCAGAGUUCGCAAAGUAUCUAAAAUCUAACGGGCAAUUGGACUUUACCGACCCCGAUGCCGUGAGACAAUUAUCCAGGAGUCUCCUACAGCGCGAUUUCGAUCUGAAGGUGGACAUUCCGGACAAGAGGCUGUGCCCCCCGAUUCCCAACCGGCUAAAUUAUAUUCUUUGGCUGCAAGAUCUGCUUGAUACCACGGGCGACAAGUACCAGGAUAGCUAUGACCCCGAUCGAGAAGUCGUGGGACUUGACAUUGGAACAGGGUGUUGCAGCAUCUAUCCCUUAUUAGGGUGCUCCAUGCGACCUCGUUGGAGCUUCUUUGCGACUGAUAUUGACGAUGAGAACAUCAAGUCGUCGCGCGCAAACAUAUCCGCCAAUGGACUUGACGCGCGAGUCACAGUUCUUAGGACGGAUCCAGAGGAGAAGCUUAUCCCGCUGGACACGAAAGUCAAGGUCCCAAGACUAGACUUCACUAUGUGCAAUCCGCCCUUUUACGCUUCUCGAGAUGAGAUGGUAGCAUCUGCAGAAGCCAAGGAUAGGCCGCCUUUCUCGGCAUGCACAGGUGCAGAAGUUGAGAUGGUGACAGCCGGUGGAGAGGUCGCAUUUAUCUCCCGAAUGAUCGAAGAAAGUCUUCAGCCGCGCGACAAGGUGCGCUGGUACACUUCGAUGUGUGGCAAGCUGAGCAGCGUCUCCGUCUUGAUCGAGAAAUUAAUUGAGCAUGGCAACAACAACUAUGCUGUGACGGAGUUCGUCCAAGGUAACAAGACUAAAAGAUGGGCGCUAGCUUGGUCAUGGACCGAUCUUCGUCCGACCUCGGCCGUAGCCCGCAACAUCACCACCGUCCCGAAACACCUCCUUCCCUUUCCUGCCGAGUAUACCUUCACAAUCACCACCGAAUCUAUCGACGAGUUGGCUUCUGCCGUUGACGCGGAGCUAACAUCGCUUCCCAUCCAGUGGCACUGGAGUAAGAAUUCAGCGACGGGCGUGGGAUUUGCAAUGCAAAACGUCUGGUCUCGCCAGGCCCGCCGCAAGUUGCGUCACCCAGAUGCGAUGACCGACCAGCCCCAGGUAGAGGAAAGCAAGGCCACCCUCGGGUUCAAGGUGCAGCUGAAGAGAGAGAUCGAUGAUGCGAAAAUGGUGAAGGUGGUCAUUCGGUGGGUCAAAGGGACAGAUAUCGUUCUUUUCGAGAGCUUCUGCGGAAUGCUCAAACGGAAGAUCGACAGCAAGCAGUGAUUCAAACCAACCUCUAACAUAAUAUCUCUGACGACUAAUAAAUGAAACGUGGAUCUCUAAUGGGUAAAGAACUUCCUGUUUAGAACAUAAAU